AUGCCUUCUCCUCACUUGGAGUCAGGCAUCCUUCCUCCCCAGUGCAAACUCACUCCCGACUCCCACAUCACCCAAACACAUCCCAGAAAUUGGGAGGAUCCAAGCUUUCUAGGAAGGGGUACUGUUUGUUACCUUGCAUGCUACAAUGGGGAAUACUACAUCAUCAAGGAUUAUUGGGUGGAGGAGUCAGAGCAGAGGACAGCCCUGCACGAAGUCAACAUGAUGAAGCUGGUCCAGGACAUUGACAGAGUUCCCAAGUUGCAACACUACUGGGUCAUUGAGGUCGAGCUGGGCAUUGUUGAUAACACUGAACAAUAUCGUGAUGAGAAGUGGCAAUGUAGGAAAAGUCCAAGUAGCUGUAUAAUACGAGCUAGAUGGCUUAGAUAA